GUAAUAUCCUGUAUGUGAGUCGACCAGCUGCAUUAAAAUGAGCAAAAAGAAUCAAAAACUCGCCGAAGAGCUUUACAAAACGUCGUGUCAAAAGCACUUCACAAAGACUGAAGUUGAAUCGUUGAUUAUUUGCUACAAGAACUUAUUGGAAGGAUUGAAAAUGGAUCGGAAUUUAUUCCGUGAUAUUUUGCACCAAAAGUUCAACAUGACGGAAGAUUUGCUCAUGGAUCGAGUGUUUCGAGCUUUUGAUAAAGACAGCGAUUCCUACAUAAGUUUGACUGAGUGGGUAGAAGGAUUGUCAGUUUUUCUGCGUGGAACACUGGAUGAAAAAAUGGAAUAUACCUUCACUGUUUUUGAUUUAAACGGUGACGGUUACAUUUCUCGUGAAGAAAUGUUUCAAAUGUUGAAGACAUGUCUCGUUAAACAACCAACAGAAGAAGAUCCCGAUGAAGGAAUAAAAGACCUCGUUGAAAUUGCACUGAAAAAAAUGGACCAUGAUCAUGACAGCAGAUUAUCAAAGAAAGAUUUCAAAGAUGCCGUUCUUAUUGAACCUCUACUGUUGGAAGCUUUCGGAAAAUGUUUACCUGAUGAAAAAUCAUCAGAAAUAUUUGAAUAUCAUGUCCUUGGCGUUAAGCAGUGCAGGGGAUGAAAUGUUUUGAUAUAUUAUUUGUUUUUACUUUAAUAUAAAAUGGAUUGUAUGUUCA